AAAACUCUUUUAUCGACGCCUCAUGUGAGAUAAAUAUUUUAUUUUGACCAGUUGUACUACAUUCAUGUCAUUGUUUAAUAUUUGCUUGGAAUAGUUAAUUUCACGUUUUAAAUUGUGCAACUCUAAUCAGAGGUCCGAGUGGCGAUCAAUCGACUUUCUGCCUUUCAUAUACCUUGUUGCUUAAACGUACCAAAAUCACCGCCCAAAAAUGAGGACGCGGGAAAUUUUCAAAACUCCUGGUGAGGGAUCGGAAUCGGAUGAGCUGGAUGAGCUAGCUGAUGUUGAGGAAGCUGAGGAUGUUGUUGCGUUCGAAGUUAACAUUGAGGAACCAUUCGAAUCAGAAGAUUCUGAAGUAGAGUAUAGUAUACCAUACGGCAGUGCCAUCGGAGCUCAUGAUGAGUCGGAUGAAGACUCAGACUUUGACCCAGAUGCGGAAGAGGACAGUUCUGAUUUCCAGCCAGAUGAAUCAGAUGAUUCUAUGUCGGAGUCGGAUAAUAAAGCGGAGGUGAUAACAAAUAACAAAGCUGGCAAUUUAUCGAAACAGGAAACACGUAAUGCAAAUACGACCGGUGAUGCCGGUCCGAGCUCAAGUGGUGUUGGAAGGAGUAAUCAAGAAGGUGAUGAUGUUAGUAAUGUACUAGAACUUAACGAAGACGAGGAGGACGAUGAGACUGUGCGCGCCAUCAUUGCAGCAAUUAAAAAACCACGCACAGCACCACCAGAAAUUAAAUUGGAUGAUUUCAUUACGGACAUUUGUUUUCACCCGGAACGUGAUAUCAUAGCACUCGCUACAAUAACCGGCGACGUGUGCCUUUAUGAAUAUGCUAACGAUG